UAAACUUGGCGUGUCCGUUUUGACUCUUAGCUACGCUGACAUUAGGCAAGAAAACGCGUUGAUUUGAAUGAAUAAUUUCCGCACUCGCCGCUUGUCGGUUUAAAAGGUAUAAUUUGACGCGCAGUCGCCGCAUUUAAAUGAUCUUUUAUUCUGGCAAAUGUCGACCACGCUAGCGUGUGGCUACGGAAGUUAGCAUCCUGCUAGCUUAACGCUUGCCGGAGGCUCUUCUCUUGUUUCGCGCAUUUUGAGAUUCUUCACAGAAUUCUUUGCUGUGAACCCGGUUCUGUUUGUCUCUAAACGAACCCAUCGGGUUGUUGCUUCCGCCCAGACCGCCGCGGACCGCGCUAACGGCCCGGUUCGGUUCUGUCUGCGGGAUGGGGGAGUGAGCCGCGGCGGCCGGUCUGCCAGCAACAAGCUGCCCUUUUGUUUUGACAAAGGAAGCUCGAUUAUUUCUCUUAUUCCAUUUUCUACCCUCCAGCCUCGCUUCGGGGUUGCGGGUUCGCCUCCCGCUGUUUUGUGGAGAUGGCUCCACACAAGCAGAGCUCGGUCGGAGGCCACCCGGUGGGCUUUGCCGCUGGAGGAAAAGCCAACGGGUUCUGCCAGCAGUCCUCCGCCGUGAUGGCUGCUGCCAAGAAGCCCAACAUGCAGCUCCUGCAAGCCGACCACGAGCUGUUCCUGCAGGCCUUCGAGAAGCCAACACAGAUCUACAGGUUCCUCCGCACCAGGAACUUGAUCGCUCCCAUAUUCCUGCACAGGACGCUCACAUACAUGUCCCACAGGAACUCCCGCAGCAGCACCUGCAGGAAGAGUUCCAGAGUCGACAAUCUGCUGUUCAACAUAGAGAAGAUGAAAGGCGAGCAGGAGCUUCAGAGCCUAACGUCUAAUCUGCAGCUCACCUUCACGGGAUUCUUCCACAAAGCUGGAAAACCGUCUCAGGACAGCGAGAACGAGCAGAACUCGGUGUCUCUGGAGGUUCUGCUGGUCAAAGUUUGCCACAAGAAGAGGAAGGACGUCACCUGUCCGGUGAAGCAGGUCCCCACAGGGAAGAAGCAGGUUCCCCUCAACCCGGACACCGGCGCCGCCGUUCAGGUCAAACCGGGUUCCCUCCCCGUCCUGCUGGUUCCCUGCAGUGAGUUUGAGCCCAGCAACUCCCACCUGGUCAAGUCGUACUCGCUGCUGUUCAGAGUGUCCGUGCCGGGGUGUCCUCGAGCCCAGACGAACGGAGAGAAUCACCACGGCCGCGACUUCUCAGAGGACGCAGUCGGCAGGAAGAGGAGGAGCUCCUCUCUGAGGGAGGAGGAUGCAGAAACCACCUUUGUGGCUCAGAUGACGGUCUUCGAUAAGAACAGGCGGCUGCAGCUGCUGGACGGGGAGUACGAGGUCUCCAUGCAGGAGAUGGAGGAGUGUCCCGUCGGCAGGAAGAGGGCCACGUGGGAGACCAUGCUGGACGGGAAGCGUUUGCCGCCGUUUGAGAGCUUCUCUCAGGGCCCGACGCUGCAGUUCCACCUGCGCUGGACCAGCGACGCCGCCGGCCGCUCCACCGCGCCCGUGGCCAAGCCUCUGGCCACCCGCAACUCCGACACCAACCAGGACAGCCGACCCAGCACGCUGAGAGCCGUGCACACGCCCGCCGUCAAAGAGUCGCUGAGCGCCGACGUCCAGACCAGGAGGGAGCAGAUCUCCGCCGAGCCUCGCCACAAGCUGAGGAUCUUCUACCAGUUCCAGUACAACAACAACACGCGGCAGCAGACGGAAGCCAGAGACGACCUGCACUGCCCCUGGUGCACGCUGAACUGCAGGAAGCUGUACAGCCUGCUGAAACACCUGAAGCUGUCGCACUCCCGCUUCGUCUUCAACUACGUGCCCCAUCCUAAAGGAGCGAAGGUGGAGGUGUCCAUCAACGAGUGCUACGACGGCUCCUACGUCGGGAACCCUCAGGACGUCCACAGCCAGCCGGGCUUCGCCUUCAGCCGGAACGGCCCCGUCAAGAGGACGCCCGUCACCCACGUCCUGGUCUGCAGGCCUAAACGGGUGAAGCCGAGCCUGUCGGAGUUCCUGGAGUCGGAGGACGGCGACCGGGAGCAGCAUCCGCGGACGUACAUCAGCGGCCACAACCGGCUGUACUUCCACAGCGACAGCUGCCUGCCGCUGCGGCCGCAGGAGAUGGACGAGGACAGCGAGGACGAGAGGGAUCCCGACUGGCUGAAGGAGAAGACGGUGAAGCAAAUCGAGGAGUUCACGGACGUCAACGAGGGCGAGAAGGAGAUCAUGAAGCUGUGGAACCUGCACGUCAUGAAGCACGGCUUCAUCGCCGACAACCAGAUGAACGAGGCGUGCCGGCUGUUCGCCGAGCAGCACGCCGCCCUGGUGGUGGAGCGCAGCCUCUGCCGCAACUUCCUGCUGCACCUGAUCAGCAUGCACGACUUCAACCUGAUCAGCACGGCCACCAUCGACCGGGCCGUGGCCAAGCUCCGCCUCCUGCAGAGCCAGGCCGCCCGGGCAGGCGAGGAGGACGAGGAGGAGGAAGAGGAGGACUGGGAGACGGCUGUGGAGUCGCAGCCGGAGAUGGACCCUGAUCCCGACCUGUUCAAUAACUGCAGCGAGGAGGCCGCCAACGGAGGCUCGGAGGAGGAGGAGCAUGGAGGGGGCGGAGCUGAGGCAGAGGGGAAGCAGAAACUCUUCGGCUCGGUUCUGAAGUGAUUCUGGGACCGCAGAACUUCAAAAACUCUGAAGGAGAACUCGCCCGCUGGCAGGAACGUUUCUGUCGCACAAACUGAGUCUUUCCAGAAUCCCGACGUGCGGAAUAUCGGGAACGCGGUGCUGAAACAUCUGUCAUCAUCACCGUGAUCCUCAUCACGUGGUCUUCAUCAUCUUGGUCCUCAUCAUCCUGGUCCUCAUCAUCCUGGUCCUCAUCAUCCUGGUCCUCAUCAUCCUGGUCUUCAUCAUCCUGGUCUUCAUCUGUGGGCUCAAAGACCUCUGCUGUCUGACCGUCACCAAAUUUCCAUUUUCUGGAUGGUGGGGGUCCAGGUGGUGCUGCAAACGUGGGUGCUCCCCCCUCUGGGUUCUCCCCAUGAUGGUGCUGCGUCUGAAGUCUUCCUCGCUGAAGCACAGACAGGUGAGCUCAGCCAGGCUCCGCCCCUCAUCCAGGUGCCUCAUGCAGCAUCUUCUGAGGAAUUUGGAGUCCUGGUUCCUCUGCCAAAAUCAUAAGAAUUCAGGUUUUAGUUUUUUUGAGAUCUAAAGACUUUGAAUAUUGAAAAGAAACAAAACAACAGAAAUCCUCUGGGCUGGACAUACCUCUCAUGCCUCAGAAAACACCAGCAACACCUGAACGCAUCAGAGGCGGAGCUCCAGAAUCCUCCACUGUCAGGACCUUUGAUACUUUUGUCCGAUGUUUGUGUUUGGUGCUAAAUUUGACAUAUUUAGAUGUGAAUUCGGAGCUUCACAGAGCUCUGCUGAGCUUCAGACCUUUGUAGACCUCUGGGCAACUUCAUUGAACUCCGCAAAGCUUCAGAAUGUCAUCGCUUGUUGGGCUUCAGAGCUUCAAAGACUUCCACAGAGUUUCAGAGCACUUCGUCGGGCUUUAGAGCUCUUUGUCGGCCUUCAGAGCGCUUCGUCGGGCUUCAGAGCGCUUCGUCGGGCUUCAGAGCGCUUCGUCGGGCUUCAGAGCGCUUCGUCGGGCUUCAGAGUGAUUCGUCGGGCUUCAACGUGAUUCGUUGGGCUUCAGAGCGCUUCGUCUGGCUUCAGAGCGCUUCGUCUGGCUUCAGAGCGCUUCGUCUGGCUUCAGAGCGAUUCGUCGGGCUUGAGAGCAAUUCUUCGGGCUUCAGAGCCCAUUGUCGGGCUUCAGGGCGCUUCGUCUGGAUUCAGAGUGAUUUGUCGAGCUUCAGAGCGCUUAGUCGGGCUUUAGAGAGCUCUCAACCUUCUUAUCUGAGCCGUCUGGCAGCUGAUCUGUCUGAAGUCGAUGGAUGAACAUCUCUGUUCUCCUCAAACAUUUCUGCUUCUUUCUGCUGCUCUUCAUUCCUGGGAAACUCCUGAAGUGACCUGAGCUGCUGGUCCUGGAAGCUCUCUGAAACCUGACUGGGAGGUGGGUCCUUAAACGCAGCACUGACAUCAUAAACUGGUUGGAACUGGUCGUUGAGGUUCUGCUGGAGCUUCGUCAUCUCCAGUGUAGAUGGAAGAAAGCGGGCGUUUGGGGGGCGUUGGGGGGCUCUGAAGUGUCUCCGGCUUCACCGGCUGCAGGGUCAUACGUAGGCGGGGCCUCAGCUGUGAGCGACCGCCGCUCUCACACAAGCUUGUCUUCUAUUAUUUUGCACAUAAAGGGAGGAGCCACAGGAAGCGGGCGGGGCUUCAACAGGUGCAAAACCAGAGCAAGAGUGUUGCUUGCCAUUUUUUUCAAGUGUUUUCCUUUAACUUUAGAACCUCUCAGCUCUGUGGGUCAGAGUUCUGUUAUUUUCUUAGAAAAUAUGUAAUUUAAAACGUUUGCUGUAAUAGUUAUUCUUCCUGAUUACAUGCUGGUUCCAAACUGCCCCAUAGUUUGUGCCUGUAGAAGUCUUACCUCUGACAGAGUGGAUUUUGGAUUCCUUCAAGGCACUGGAAGCUCCACACAGCUGUUCAGAUCAGCCCUUCAUGAUCGCCCUCCUCCUGAAGACUGCUGGGACGUUUCUGUAAAAACAUUGUGUUUGUUGACCGUUUGUGACUCGCUGUGAGGAAACGUUUCAUUUUACUGUGGAGCUGAAGCUCUGUCCUCAAUAAACCUGAUGGAUGAACUGCUA